CGGGCCUGGCGGAUCGCAGCGGCGCGCGAAGACCGCGAGGCGACCCGGAGCCGCUGGGACUCCGGCUGCGCGCCCCUCGGCCCGGCCGGGUGCCGCGCCAGUCGGAGCCCCGGGCCGAGCGCGGCUUGCCUCCCUCUCAGCGUUCAUCUGUCUGCAGUGCAGCCAGCGGGCAUGACCGAUCCACCAGGGGCGCCGCCGCCGGCGCUUGCGGGCCGCGGUUGAAGAAGAAAGUCCGGCCCCACUCUACUCAAAGCGAGUACGUGGCUCACAGCAGGGAGUUAACCAAAGGUAAGAAAGCGAUCCGCAGCAAGAAAGUGACCGGGGCCAAGGAGGAGACCCAGCUGGAGGAGGUGACCACGAUCGAGGAGGCAACCCAGACUGAGGAGGUGACCGUGGCCGAAGAGGUGACCCAGACCGAGGUCAUGGCCCAGAAGGAGGAAAUGGUCCAGACGGAGGAAAUGGAAACAGCCGGACUCAGCGUGACCAUCACCCACAGCAAUGAGAGGUAUGACCUUCUUGUUACCCCACAGCAAGGUAAUAGUGAACCAAUUGUCCAAGACCUGGCUCAGCUUGUUGAAGAGGCCAUAGGGGUUCCGCUGCCUUUUCAGAAGCUCAUAUUUAAGGGAAAAUCUUUGAAAGACAUGGAGACACCAUUGUCAGCACUUGGAAUACAAAAUGGUUGCCGGGUCAUGUUAAUUGGAGAAAAGCCUGGGGAAGAUACAGGCAGCUGGAUCCGGAGUUCAAGACCAUCCUCCCAUUUCAUAAGCAAUCCAGAGGAAGAGGUUGAGUUAAAGAAGCUGAAUGAUUUGGAGGUAUCUGUAGAGAAGACAGCUAACCACCUGGAAGAGUUGAAUAAAGAGCUUUCUGGCAUCCAGCAGGGUUUUCUGGCUAAGGAAUUGCAAGCAGAAGCUCUCUGCAAACUUGAUAGGAAAGUAAAGGCUACAAUUGAGCAAUUCAUGAAGAUCUUAGAGGAGAUUGACACAAUGGUCCUACCAGAAAAUUUUAAAGACAGCAGGCUAAAAAGGAAGAAUUUGGUGAAAAAGGUUCAGGUGCUCCUAGCAGAGUGCGACACAGUGGAGCAAUACAUCUGCCAAGAGACAGAACGGCUGCAGUCUACGAACUUGGCCCUUGCUGAAUGAAGUGUGGUAGAGAGUGUGUGUGCUGGCCUGAGGGCAGCUUCAUAGCCCUGCUCACUCUGAAACAGAAGUUGCUUGUUUCUCUAGGGUGGCCAGAGGCAACUGGUCAAAUGUCAAUUUCGCUAUUCCUCCAUCAGUUCUCAAUGAAAAAGUACUGUCUUUUUCAACCUCAAAUAGACUUCCUGUUUUCUCAUUGUGGAUGUGUGGUUGUGCUGUCCCUCAGCUGCCUUUGCAGGAGAGGCUGCCCUGCCCAUGUGUUACCAGCUCUUGUCACCCAGUUGCUUUCUGAGCUGGGAAGAACUCUAGUUUAUCUGGAGCUAGUUCCAGGUUUGUAGGACACUCUCUUCUUCAAAUUCAUGAACUUGUGACCUCAGUUUGUAGAGGUAAGAGCAGGAGAUUGCGUCCAGAUGGGAAUGUUGGAUACAGAUUUGGUACCUUGACAAUCCGCAGACUACCUUGCUGUUUUGCUGUGACCUGAUUCUAGAACAUCUGACUGCAUUGAUUUUUUAAAGACCUUGUCUUUAUCCUCCACUGCCCCUCCUCAUUCUCCACUGCCCCUCCACAUCCUCCACUGCUUCUCCCCAUCCUUCACUGCUUCUCCCCAUCCUUCACUGCCCCUCCUCAUCCUCCACUGCCCCUCCUCAUCCUCCACUGCCCCUCCUCAUCCUCCACUGCUUCUCCACAUCUUCCACUGUCCCUCCCCAUCCUCCACUGCCCCUCCUCAUCCUCCAUUGCCCCUCCCUGACCUCCACUGUCCCUCCUUAUCCUCCACUGCUUCUCCACAUCCUCCACUGCUUCUCCCCAUUCACUAUGUAGCUCUGUCUGUUCUGACAUUCACCAUGUAGACCUGAGAUCUAUCUGCCUCUGCUUCUCACGUGCCAAGUACUGGGAUUAAAGACAAGCACCACUA